UUCUCGCUUGUGUUAGCUGAAUUAUUUCUACAUGGAGGGCUCCUUUACACCACACGAUUCAGGCAGCAACAAAAUGUUUAGAAAGGCUGAAUUCCCUCAAGCCAUCCGUGGAGCAGCAGCUCUCCUGAGCGCUCCUCCAGCAGGGCUGGGAGUCACAGGACCGCGACAGCUCGUGUCCAAGGGGAUUUGCAGUUAUUUACAGAGGCACGAGAAGCAAUCCCGGCUCGGGUUACUGGCACCGGAGGUGAAAGCUCAGCCCUGCCGAGGCUGGACGGGCGGGAUGCGCUCAGCCCUCGGCAUCCUCGGCAGGAACACCCCGUGCUUUCCGCACCAGGGAGAGUUCCUGCGGGAGCCAGGCUGUCUCUGGCAGAGCUGGGAGCGGGGUUCUCUCCCGACCGAGCCCGGCAGCUCCGCGGCUGCUGCUCCGGCACGGGCGGGAGGCUCCGCCGGGGGACAGCGCCUCCAUCCCCGCGGGGCCUGUGCCCUGCAGAGUGCGGUCAGCGUGGCAUGCAGCCUGCCGGAGCUCCCAGGAGAGCUGCACAUCUCCUUUCCCAGCCGCAGUGUCCGAGGCGGGGGAGAGCGCACAGCCCUGAGCCGCGGCCGGUCCCCAGGGACACCGCGGGAGCUCAGGCGCGGUGCGAGGAGCAGUUUGACACCCACCGGGCUCUGCCCCAGCCUUCUGGGAGUUGCAAAAGCCCGAUCUGGUGUGAAGCCGGGCGGUUUCAGCCGUGUGUGACUCUCGAUAGCACAGCUGGCCGCGCUCGCUGCCGUGGAACCGUCAGGAACCGUCACGAGUCACGAGUCGAGAUUUAAUAUUGCAAAUAUGUGCAUCCAUCGCUGCUUCAUUGCACUGGCUUAGGCUGCCAUGGGCUCUGCCUGGAUAAAGCACUGGGAAAACACAGCAAGAGCUGUUGUCUCUGUGCCCUCCCUCCGGCACGACCCUGGAGCGCUGCCGGGCACGUGAGAGCUGCGGGAACGACGCUGGCAUCGCUCAGCGAAACUCGCCCCAGGACUAUUCAAAUGAAAGCCAUUCCCCUCUUUGAGCAGAGAUGUUUGCCAGCACCCAGUGCAGCAGUGGGAGGAACGUGUAGGUGGAAACUAUUUGGAAGUGGCAAAAUUUGUGGACAUUAAUAAGAGACUUUAGCCCACUUUGAUAGUGUGUUUAAUAAAACACCGGCUUCCCGGUGACAUGCUGCCCUGCCAAGCCCCAGCAGCUCACGCUGUUUAACCAGUUCCCCCCUGGCUCUUGCACCAUCUCGUGAGAAAGAACCCCGGGCGUGCACAGCCGGCACACCCCGGGGCUGCACAGGCCUCAGCUCUGUCUGCACACGGCCUAAUCAUGGAAUCUGGGACUCAUGGAACGGGCUGCCUCGGAAGGGACCUUAAAGUUAUCCAGUUCCACCCCUGCCGUGGGCAGGGACACCUCCCACUGCAGCAGGCUGCUCCCAUCCAACCCGGCCUUGGACACUUCCAGGGAUGGGAGUCCACAAGCCAAGAGCCAUUUCAGAGGUGACACCCUGGCUGCUGCAGGGGGGCAGGGGACAGCGAGGGGUGACAGCAGGGUUUGGAGGGGCAGGGAGGAUGAGGAAUCGCUUCUCCUCCCGCUGCUGGCGUUGUCUGGUGGAUGCUCUGCACAAUGGGAUCUGAUCACAUCCCUCCUCCUGCCUCACAUCAAACAGUGAGUCAGCGCUGGAGCCCCAUCAGAUGUCUCUGCCUUGGCUUUCAGAUCUGGGAAGCAGAGAGGAUGGUGCUCUGUGAGUAUGCAAAGCAAGGAAAGCAGGGUGCCUUCAGAUCUGCCACUUGGAAAAUACCACGUUAUUUACUUUCCACUGGCACCCACGUACCCCGGCAGGAAUCAGCACCACUGAGGCUCCCAGGCUGGGGAGAUGUUGUUCUUUCGGGGGAUGCAGGUAACAACAGCUACGGGGCUGAACUGCAUCAUGUCUGAGUCAAAUAUUAACACAGAGAAUAUUCUCAACUUGCUAAUUGAGUCAAAAAACUUACACACCCACCCCUAAAAAUAAUAAUAAAAUAAAGCUGGGAGAGGCAGCAGAAGA